UGGAGCCACAGUAGAGGCCUUCUCAACGCAGCCAAGCGACCAACUUACCCACCUAAGAAUAAAACGGUGAUAGCUCCCGCGAGCCCAUCCACCUGUCCGCUUUAUCGUAUUAAUAUCCAAUUAUUUUUGCCGUAAUUAGUAGCUCUUCGGUAGAUUUUUGUGUUUCCUUGAUAGGUUCUAUGAAGUAUCUCAUAGAAGAAGAAUAAUUCUGUUUCCUAUGAUUAGUGCGCGCACCGGAAAGUGCAUCUUUGGAGUAUCCGAAUCUUGUUAGUGAUAGAAAAAGUGGUAAAGUGCAGUGUGCCAAAUAUAGUUUUUCGAGAAUCCUAGAUCUAGUGGACAACGAGAAAAAUUACAUUCGCCGAACGAAAUGCCCCACACGGGAAAAAAGGAGGGUCCAUCACAACUGAAACGGGCGACUUCCGAGAAGCUAAAACAAGUUUUCCUUCGAUAUGCAUCAGUGGAGAAAAAUGGAGAGCACUAUAUGACCAGCGAUGACUUUGUACGCAAAUAUUUGAAAAUAUUUACGGACUCUGAAUAUAAUGAGGAAUCGGUAAAACUGCUGGCUGGCAUUGCAGACACAAGCAAAGAUGGACUCAUAUCAUUUGCUGAGUUCCAAGCAUUUGAAGGACUACUUUGUACGCCGGACGCACUCUAUAAAACAGCCUUUCAGUUGUUCGACCGGAAAGGAAAUGGAACAGUGGCCUAUGAGGACUUUGUCGACGUCAUCCAGAAAACUGAAUUACACACAAAUAUUCCAUUUACGCUCGAUGGACCUUUUGUUCAACGGUACUUUGGAAAAAACAAACAACGACUCAUCAACUAUGCUGAGUUCAGUCAGUUUCUCCAUGAUUUCCAUGAAGAAUAUGCUCGCGAUGCAUUCGUGACAAAAGAUCCCUCCGGAACAGGAUAUAUUUCACCGCUAGAUUUUCAAGAUAUCAUGGUGAAAGUUAAACGGCAUCUAUUAACGUCCGAAGUUAGAGACAAUUUAGUAGCAGUAACAGAAGGCCACAAAGUUAGUUUUCCGUAUUUUAUGGCAUUUAAUUCACUUCUUAAUAAUAUGGAAUUGAUUAAAAGGGUAUACCUUAACGCGACGGGUGGUAGUCGUACGGAACCUGUUACUAAAGAUGAAUUAUUACAUUCGGCGCAAACAAUGAGUCAAAUUACACCACUGGAAAUAGAUAUAUUAUUUCAAUUGACAGGGGUUCUACAUCAAACAGGGUGGUGGAAACGUAGGAAGAUUGAUAAGAAUAGACGAAUUGUUUACAACGAUCUAAAUGACAUUGCUCCAGAACAUUACAUUAAACACAUUACGACACGUCUGGCUGAAUACAAAGCAGUUUCGAGCCCGGAAGAACGUUCUAUCUUGAUUCAAACUCUGGAGAGCGUUUAUCGGUUCACUUUGGGUUCCGUUGCCGGCGCUGUUGGUGCUGCAGCAAGUUAUCCAAUCGAUUUGAUUAAAACUCGCAUGCAAAAUCAAAGGGCGGGCUCGUUUGUCGGUGAAGUAGCUUACAGAAAUUCGUUCGACUGUUUCAAAAAGGUUAUUCGUCAUGAAGGUGUGCUGGGUCUCUAUCGGGGGCUUGUUCCACAACUUAUGGGUGUAGCACCAGAAAAAGCUAUAAAACUGACUGUGAAUGACUUCGUCCGUGAUAAAGUAUCAGAUAAAAGUGGAAAUAUAACAGUUUAUGGAGAAAUUCUUGCUGGUGGUUGUGCAGGAGCAUCUCAGGUUAUUUUCACCAAUCCUUUAGAAAUCGUAAAGAUUCGUCUGCAAGUUGCAGGAGAAAUUGCAAGUGGCGAGAAAGUCCGUGCCUUAUCAGUUGUACGGGAAUUGGGGUUAUUUGGAUUAUACAAAGGAGCCAGAGCAUGUUUUCUACGAGAUAUUCCAUUCUCCGCCAUCUACUUUCCUGCUUAUGCACAUAUUAAAUCUGCAGUGGCAGACGAACAGGGGUACAAUCAUCCACUUUCGUUGCUCGUCGCCGGUUUCUUGGCUGGUGUGCCUGCAGCUGCUUUAGUUACACCGGCUGAUGUUAUUAAGACCCGACUCCAAGUUGUGGCGAGAACCGGCCAAACAACGUAUACUGGUGUUCUUGAUGCUGCAAGAAAGAUUUUCGCAGAAGAAGGCCCUCGGGCGUUUUGGAAGGGAACUGCAGCUCGUGUAUGCCGAUCGUCACCUCAAUUUGGUGUAACUUUGCUGACUUACGAAAUCCUUCAACGACUCUUCUACGUUGACUUUGGUGGAUCACGACCAACAGGCUCGGAUGUCAAGACACAAAUAGAACCAAUCACAGCAUCGAAGACAUCAAAUGUUGAUCAUAUUGGUGGCUACCAAGCGGCGAUUCCCAUGUUGAACGGUAUCGAAACAAAGUUCGGACUGUGUUUACCACGCUUCACGUCUACAUUUAGAUUGCAACAUGUUACUUCUCCUAAGUCGGCAAGCGGCUCAUGAUAAGCUUAAAUGAGAUUCUAUUUAUCGUUUUACAAUCAAUACAGUAAAUGGAGUAAAGAAAGUUUAUAGAGUAAUCCCAAAUUAUGAAUUAGAAAAUAUGUUUUACAAAAGUAAAUCAUUGAAAUAAUAUAAAAAGUGGAAAUAUUUGUCAUAAAUAUGUUUUGUUCUGCCGAAUAUAUGUAAAUUUCCUGUAACGAAUUUUUAGUUCCUCCGUUACUGUCACACUUUUAAAUUUUGCUCUGAUCGCUUCUAGCGUUCCUUUGCCAAAAACGCACAAUACAAAAACUAUUACAUCUUAAUAUGAACAAUGGUAUGGUUUUAUUUCAAUUUCUUAAAUGCUCAGGAUGCUAAAAUUAGUCAAAUCAAGUUAGCUUUCUUCGAAAGCGCUCGUUAAAACGAAGAGAUUCUUCGAUAUGUCUAAAAAAUAAGUAGCAGAAACGAAUUAAAAUAACGUUUUAAGACUCCCAAUUCGUUGUUACUAUUAGUUCUACACGUAUUCGUUAAGUUUAUAAAUGAAUAUCCUUCACGAAAGAAGUUUUGGAAACCGUCUAUUUACAACUUCCUUUCAGAUGAAACAUACAAUGCAGCUUUGUUGAAAUUGGAACAGAAAACAAUUCGCACAAGUGUUUAUUGAGUUUCUCGUACAGAUAAUGAUCUGGAAUAACUUUCAAAGUACCAUAUGAAAUGUGUAUGUAUAUGAAACUAUGUAAUCUUUUAAGAUGAAAAUAGAAUAAUUUGUAAAAAAUGUUAAACUGCCUUCCGUGUUAUGAAUUCUUCUAAAGUGGAAUGAAAAUGAAAAGGGAUAGAAACAAAUGAAAUAAGAAUUAUUAUGGACUUUGUUAAAAAUUUUGUGUUAUUUAUCUAAGUGCGUAGCAUAUCUGACAUGUGAUAGCAAGCAGGUAUUAGCUUAUGAGAAAUGAUUUUUUAUUAAAUAGAAAGAGUGAAAUAUUUUA